UUUAUUUUCUAAAGCCACACAUCCCUUUGUUCUCUCCAUCGAGGGAAAUAGAGAGAAGCAACGGGAAAUCCCCAUGGCGGAACUAGAAGUUACCAAGGUGCUGAUAUGAUUAAGCGUUAUAUUGGGUUUGACGAAGUUUUCAUCAAAAACCCCAGGGAAUUUAGAACAUUGCCUAGGGUUUUUCUGAGAAGACAGUUUUUGGUGAGGAGGGUGAGUUUUCAUGGGUCGAAAUUUAUGAUUUAAUGAUGGGAAGUGUAAGCGAAGAGGAAGAUCAAUUUUUUGACACCCGUGAAGACAUCACCUCUGUUUCUGAUUUCGGUUCAGAUUGCCCAGAGAAUUCCGAUUCCGAGCAUGCUGCAUCCGCUAGUUCCGUGCCGGCUAACUUUAGAGUUGAAGUUUGGAUUAAAAACUUAAGUAGCCUUCGUGAACGGCGUAAUAAAUUUCUUAAAUGGAUGGGCUUAAGUGGAGAUCAGACUCUCAGGGAAAGCCCCUCUAACAUGGGUUGUGAUGAAAUUGAAGUGGAGACUGAUAGAAUUAUGGAGGAGAGUGGAGCGGUUUUGGGAUCAUCAGCAUUUGUUGAUGGUUUUUCAUCGAGCCAGUCUUCCGUGUCUUGUUGGUCAAGUGAUGUCAGGGAGUUGUUAGAUGGGGCUUUUGAUGAUAACUUUUUGUGUAGGAUUAAGAAUUUGGAUGACGGGACGGAGUUCAUUGUGGAUGAAGUUAGUCAAGACGGCAUGUUCAAAGGAUUGAGGGAAGUAGGUUCUAAUAAGUUGCUUACCAUUGAUGAGUUUGAAAGGAAGCUUGGCUUAUCCCCACUGGUACAAAAAGCUAUGCGUUGGGAGGUCAAAGCAGUUUCCGAUUUAGGGCUAGAAAGAAAGCAGGGAAGAAAAGGAUGGCUUAGGCGAUUAGGUGCUGUUGCUUGCAUUGUUGAUAGGCAGGGUGAUACUGCACGUAUGAUGUCCGGCAAUUCUUAUCCAAAUGGAGUGGCAAGGAUUCAAAUGGUUAGAGUUCGAUCUUACAAGAAGCGGUCGAAAGAGUUCUCAGCACUUUACAUGAGACAAGAUAUCCAAGCCCAUGAGGGUGCAAUCUUAACAAUGAAAUUUAGCCCUGAUGGUCAGUAUCUAGCAAGUGCGGGGGAAGAUGGUGUUGUGCGUGUGUGGCAAGUUGUGGAGUCCGAAAGUUCAGGGAAUUCUGACAUUCAUGAUGUAAAUCCUUCAUAUGUCUACUUCCAAGUAAAUAAUUUUUCUGAGUUAGUUCCUCUUCAUGCAGACAAAGAGAAAAAAGAAAAAUCAAAAAGUGUGAAGAAAAAUUCAGAUACGAUCUGUGUCAUUUUCCCUCGGAAAGUUUUUCGAAUCUUGGAUAAACCUAUCCACGAGUUCCAUGGGCAUUGUGGUGAGGUCUUGAACCUCUCCUGGUCAAAGAAUAAGCAUAUUUUAUCAUCUUCUAUUGAUAAGACCGUUCGCCUCUGGCAAGUCGGAUAUGACGAAUGCCAAAAAGUAUUCUUCCACAAUAAUUAUGUAACAUGCGUUCAGUUUAAUCCAGUGAAUGAUGAUUACUUCAUAAGUGGUUCCAUAGAUGGGAAAGUACGAAUCUGGGCAAUUCCUGGUUGUCAAGUUGUUGAUUGGACUGAUGUGAGAGAUAUUGUUACAGCCGUGUGUUACCGUCCAGAUGGAAAGGGUGCAGUUAUUGGCUCAAUGAAUGGCAAUUGCCACUUCUAUGAUGCUUCAGAUAACUGUCUGCAGCUUAACGCUCAAAUAUGUAUACACUGUAAGAAGAAAUCACCAUGCAGUAGAAUAACUGGACUUCAGUUUUCCCCUGGGGACCCAGAUAUAUUGAUGAUCACUUCUGCUGAUUCACAAGUUCGAAUCCUCAAUGGUAUUGACAUGGUAUGCAAAUUUCGAGGUUUGCACAAUGCAGGGAGCCAGGUAUCUGCGGCAUUCACCUUGGAUGGAAUGCGAAUUGUUUCAGCAAGCGAGGAUUCUAAUGUCUAUGUGUGGAACUAUGUUAAACAGGAUGGGCCGGUGCCCCACGCAAAGAACAAUUGGUCUUGUGAACGUUUUUUCUCGAAUAAUGCAUCAGUCGCAAUACCUUGGUGUGGGAUAUCAUGUAGAAACUCUACUGCCCCAAAUAUUUCAGGAACUUCACCAUCACCCAAGUAUUUGUCUGGCGGAUGGAGGUGUAAUGAGAAUACUGGUGUAUUGCAGCCUGAGUCGGGUGAGAGCUCCCAAAACAAAUUGGGAUUCUCCUCUUCUGAACGUUUCUCAUUGGGACAUGGAUUUUUCUCGGAGUCUUUGCCCAAGGGUACUGCAACCUGGCCAGAGGAAAAGCUUCCCUUUCCAAACUCCAUGAUUGUAUCUUCUUCAAUUUGUAAAUCUCAGUACAAGUUGCUUAAGACAUCUUGCCAGAGUGCUCUUGGUUCUUCUCAUGCAUGGGGCCUCGUAAUUGUAACAGCCGGCUACGACGGAUGAAUCAGAUCUUUCCAAAAUUAUGGAUUACCAAUCAACAGUUAGCUUUAUGGAGAUGACAGAAAUUUUGCUGUUUGAUUUUGACAGAGAAAGGAUUACAUCACUCGUAUUGAAGCUUUUGUCGUUAGGAUUCGGGGCUAAAAAUGAUUGAUGCUUGGUUGAUUUCCCCUUUGUGAAAUGACUAGUUUCAGGCGAUAUACAGAGCAAUAUCAGGAUGUGGUGUUGAGCAGAGCAAGUACAUGAGAACUGUAUCUGAUGUCAAGGCCAACCAAAGAGGUCUGUUACAGUGGAUUCAAAUCUUGGUUCUAGUUAACAUUCUUUUCCUGUACUUUUAGCUCAGCAGGAUGCCAAGAUUAGGGUGGAAAUGAGAUGAGACAGAGCACGAGUUAUUUGACAUUGACUAUUAAAGCUCAGUUAAUUCUCAAAUCAAAUAGACUCGAGCUCGAAUUUGACUCAAAUUCUUAAAAAGCCGAAGUGAGUUAUUUAAUACUAGAUUUGAAGACUCAUAAACAACUCGAAAAAA